UUUUCGUCCUUUUCUCUUUUUUCUCUGUUUCUUUGGUAUUGAAUCCACCGUUUUUGGGUUCAAAUCAAGGAAUAUUAUUUCCGUUCAUCGUCUCAUUCACCGCAGUCAUAAUGUGCCCUUGAAUUACACACUUCGUUGUAUACACAUUGCAUUUCUGGGUCCUUGUAUGUAUAUGCACAAGCUACUCACUCUAUUAUAUCCACUCCUUUCAGUAAUAGACACCUUCAAACCAUGUAUGGCGUUGUUAUUCGCUUCACGUCGAAGAACUCGUCGAGUGCUUCUUUCUUCUGAUUUAAUCCCACACCUUAUGAUCACUUCUAUGGCCAACUACACCUCUACACCAUAUCAUUCUUCUAUAAAUCAUGCCUCUGCAUACGACGGGAUUCCAGGGGCCGUUCUUUUAGAUGGGAUAUUACAAUCUUUUCUGUUGGGGUUUGUCAUCGGGCAAGCUUCAAAGUACUUCUCUGCGUUCAAAGACGAUCGUUGGCAAAAAAGAACGUUUGUUGGAGUUGUGGUUUUACUUUCUCUACUGCAAACGAUUAUCGAGGAAUAUAAGCUAUGGCAGAUAUCUGUUAACAAGUCGUCUUGGGCUCACAGUCACUUUGUAUGGACUGGCGUGGCUAUCAAUGGAUGUAUCAGCUGGUUGUGCGAGACGUUCUACAUCCGACGAUGUUGGAAGAUGACAGACCAUAACCCCUGGGUCCUUUAUCCUUUGGGCACAUUGUCCGUAACAGUUUUCAUUGCGAAUCUCAUACAGGCUGUCAGUCUUCCUCUGGUCGUGAACAAGACUGAUCCUGAAUCUGGUAACUAUCUCGGUAGCGGCCCUCUCAUGAGCUUGUUUGUCUUUUCGUACUGGAUUUUUGGGUCUCUAGUGCUGGACCUGAUUGUCGCUUCUAUUCUGAUCACGACUUUAUGGCGAGCGAAAACAGGUCUCGAAGAUUCCGACAGAGUGGUCUGGUCUGUUAUCACUCUGACCUGUGAAUCCGCUUCCCUGCCAUGCAUCAGUAUGAUAGCUGCUGUCUCCCUUUAUCACUCAACAAAGGAGAGCAAUCUGGUUUUAUUUUUCGUGCUUUUGGCUGGCAAACUUUAUUCCUAUGGUCUUUUACGGACACUUAACUCUCGGGAUGGAUUUCGUCUCCGCUUGAACUCUCACAAUCUGGGCCGAGCCACACUCAGUAACUGGCAGUGGGACCAAGGGAGAGGCGAUGAUCAUCCGCACUUGGAAACAGCGGUCGCUUCAAUAUCCGAGCCUCCGAAAUCUCUGGACACAACCUCCGCCACUCCACACGUUUAUGAAGCUGUCCUCUAAGUUCUAUAUUAUUCUCUAAUACUUCUACACAUUCCUUCCAGGGCAGAUCGCCUACGACAACGAGAAGUAGAAACACCAGCCCUUCUCAUAGCGAAGGCUGAACUUUUAUUAUCUUUUCUAUCCUGCUCCGUUAGUAUGAUUUAAUGGAUGUGGUAUGUACAUUAUAUAUGUACAUUAUAACUU